UCCGAUGGGAGCGACAGGUUUAAAACAUCCUCAUAGACACUCAUCUGAAUGUAUAGUGAAUAGUGAAUGCAGAAAGUACUGAAGACACUCUGAAGCUGCUUUUGGAGACAAAGACUGUCAUAUUUGUGAUGGCAUUCCUUUAUGUUGGCAUAAUGUACAAAGAAAUCUGGACAAUGGUUACUUUUCAGCAAAAAAUUUUACACUUGGUCAAGUGUUUCAGAAGACAAUGGCCUUUAUUUUCUAACUCUGAAAGGACUACUGUAUGUGGAGCAGACUGCAUGUUGAUGGCGUUACAACUGUCCAUGGCUGAAGUCAAUAAACAGCACCAUGGAGACUUCACAGUAUCACUCAGUGAUGUUUUGGAGAUGUGGAACUACUUGUUACAUGACAAACUGAGAUUGUAUGAAAACAUGAAUGAACCUGAAAAUUAUGCUGAUGUGAAAAAAGCCUAUCAUGCCUUUUUAGCAAGAAGCAAUAUGUUAGAUUUAAUAGACAUAUAUCAGAAGUGCUCUAGUCUUGGACUUUUAGCUGAAGAUGAAAUCAUAUCCCCUGUUCAACUGUUGGAAUUUAUUUCCGGUGUAAUGAAUGCACAAGAAAAUAAUGGUUCUAUUCUUUCUACUCCUAUACAAAUCAACAGACAGGGUCAGGAGCAUAUGAAGGUGACAAUCCUGGCAAAGAAGUUUGUUUGUUCAUAUUUAAGCCUUUUGGUGAAUUCUAAGGAUGAUCUGGCAUUGGCUCAUAUUCUGAAUGUUCCUGACAGAGGACUUGGUAGAGAAGCCUUCACUAACCUGAAACAUGCCUCCCAAGAGAAAAAAAUGUCCAUUUUUCUGAUGGCAACAUCUUUUAUCCGGACCAUAGAACUUGGAGGAAGAGAUUCUGCAUCUUCUAUGUAUGAUCCUUUAAGAGCCCAUGUAAAAGGGCUUUCCAACUUUGUUAAUUUUAUUGACAAGCUGCAAGAAAUUGUUGGUGAAGUCUUAAAUACAAGAAUCGCAGGGGGGCGAAUUCUGUCAACAGUGAAGAUGCAUUUGAUAAAAGGCCGGAGCAAUGGGGAUCCUUUCUGUGAGGCAGUGGAGGAAGCUGUACAAGACUUGGAUUUGAAGAUUAAAAAUAUUAUUGAUUCACAACAGGAAACCUUGACUGCUAGCACUACUGGAGUCAGUCCAGCACGGCCAAAAUUGCAUUCCAUAAAUCAUGGCACUGCAUAUUGUGGCAGAGAUACUGUAAAGGUCUUGCUAGUUCUUCUGGAUGAAGAAGCUGUCAGUCCUCCCACCCAGAACAAAGCGGAUCUGUUGUGUGACAGUGAAAGCUUAAAUUUGUGUGGCAUCACCUCUGUUUUGACACUCUUCAGAUCUCCAGCACGAUCCAAUGGCUCUUCUCCAAAACCUCUUGGACAACGUAUUCUGAAAUGUAUGGAUGAAAAAGUAAUUAAGAUGAAGCAAUCUUCAAUUAAAUCCCAGUUUGCCUGUACGUAUAAAAAUGACUUGAGUGAAAAGAGUGGUCAGCAUUCCCAUGCAAUUCCAACCUGCAAACAUCCUGUACCAAAGCAACAUUUAAAAGCUGGAAAGUCCACAGAAGGUCCAAAUUCAUAUCUUGAUGUACCAGGGCUUGGAACUAUUUCUGAAAGUGUUCACCAGACUAGAAGUUAUACAGAAAUGGGAAAGCUGAGUUGUCAGCCAAGGAACAAGAACUCUGAGAAUGAACAGAUGGAUUUGAAUAAUGACAAAAUAAUCUGUGACAAGGAAAGUGAACCAUCUUUGCAAAAAAAUACUAAAAGACUUAAGACUUCAAACAGCUUUAAGAAGGAAUUGGACAGCAAAAUUGGUGGAAAGAGAAAACAGACCAAAACUGCAAGUAAGAAUAAGUUGAUUGCUGGUCAGGCAAAAUUAACUCACUUUUUUCAACUCUAAGUUUUUGUUUUCACAUACAUGGUAUGCUGACAAUUUUGCAAAAAAAAAAUGGUUGAAAUUUACGAAUUACUUCCUUUCAUACACAAAUAAUUGAAAGUAGUUUAUGUAUUAUAGUAGACAACUGCUUACAAGUCUGGAUUAUGCUGAAGUAUUUUAUUUUUGAAUAACAGUACAUUGUUAAUAAUUACACUGUUAUUUUGGGUAGUUAAUUAUGUAUCCUUCUACAAUGCAAUGGAAAAUUAUUUUUGGAUAUGUAUGUACAGUUGCACUAACACUUAGUAACUUCAAAUUACAUUAAAUUCAGAAUAAAAUGUUUAAUCUUCAGAGAAGGUGGUGGAGAUAAGUGGUUUUCACACUUGCCAACAAGGUCGAUAGACUCUUCCCAGCAUACACCUGAGGACUAUAGAAGAAAAGAAGAGCUUGAAAGUUUAAAUCAUCAAAGAACCAGAUUUCCUAUGGCUUCUGGAAAUAUUACUUUAACAAAUGCUCCCUCCCCCAUACACCAAAUCAUAACAGUCAUGGAAGUUCUAAAUGAACCUUUACCAAAUUGCUAUAUUGAUAUUGCAGUGUACUUUACCCGAAUGAAAUAAUUUUUUGUGUAAAAAUAAAAUAUAUUUACUGUCAAAA